CGUAUUAUUUAUUCAUCUGCAGAAUCUGGCGGGUUGCGCUGCACACCUGUGGGAAUUUUGUUUUGUAACCCUUUUUUUUGGGGGGAGAGCAAGAGAGGCAACGAUUCGAUGCCUCACAGCAGUCGUGUUGGUGCCACCAGUCAGCCCAGGGCUUCCUAUCUGGCCUCCAUGUUUCGAGAUCCAGGUGAUGGUUGCUUGAUGCCCACGGCCGUUGCAGUAAAACGUUUUUGCUGGGUUUGCCUUGUAUGUCACCUAGUUUGGCAUCUGCACAGGCCCAGCACUCCAGCUGCUUGGAUCUGGUUGAGCAAUGCCAGCAGGUUGACGACGUAUUUCAGCUCGGCAAGCCGCUCAGAUGUAAAAGCCCUCUGCUUCCAGUGGAGUUCGAACUCCGGUUGAAGACAUCUGAUCAAGGAGUCCACCUCUUUUCCUUUUUCUCAAAAGAAUUGUAGUAUUUCACUCGUCUGCUUCCGGUGGAGUUCGAACUCAGCACCUGGUCUGUAUUUCAUCAGUUCGUUCCUGGUCUGUAUUUCAUCAGUUCGUUCCUGGUCUGUAUUUCAUCACUUCGUUCCUGGUCUGUAUUUCAUCACUUCGUUCCUGGUCUGUAUUUCAUCACUUCGUUCAAAGGGGUGUACCAACUGAGCUAGGCGCAGUUCGGAUGCCUCCUAACAACUUAGGGGAUUCUUAAAAAUUCUGGUGAGUUUGAUGAACCUGCGUGACCUCCUACUCCUACACCUAUUUUCUUUUCUUUUUCUCAAGGAAUUGUAGUAUUUCACUCGCACUCGUCUGCUUCCUGUUGAGUUCGAACUCGGGUCUGUAUUUCAACGGUUGAGGGUUGUGCCGACAGAGUUUGCUGAAGCUGCUUGACCUUCUCUCUGUCUGGAACUUGGUUAAUUUGAGCUUGGCCUCUGCGGUAAGAGCAUUUUCUAGCCAGCUGCUGCACUGGAGCAUCUCGAGCAGGAAGAAGGACGCACACGCUUUCUUCGGCUUCUAAGUUGCUUCUCUCUGCUCAAAAGAUGUGCCUUUUGCCACCUCUCCUCUUCUUCUCCUCUUCUUGUCCUCUUCCUUCCUCUCCUCUCUCUUUCUUUUUCUCUUUUGCCUUCGAUGAUUAUUGUAUUUUGUUCAUCUGAUUGCAUCUGGAUUCGAACUCGGGUCCGUAUUUCAACAGCUCAUGGGGUGUACCAACUGAGCUAGGCCCGUUGGUGACAGCUAUACUCCCCACGCAGAUAAUCAAUGUACACAAACCAAGUUUGUUCAGCCUAUAUCUUCUGUUACUCAAAAUGGUCUAGAUGCUCUCUCAAGUGUUGAACCCGGAGGAUGCAGAAGUCAUGCACACUUUCUUUGCCUUUUCUCACUUGCUUAACUCUGGUUAACAUUCCAAGUUUCUACAGCCUGGCUAAUCUUAAGAUGCUCAAGGUGCUCAAGACGCUCAAGAUGCUCAAGAUGCUCAAGGGCAUCUUGAGCAUCUUAAGGUGCUAAAAAUGUGAAGCCUGGCUUAUGUUACUCAAGACGCUCAAGAUGCUCUAGGUGCUCAAGGUGCUCAAGUUGCUCAAGAUGCUCAAGGUGCUCAAGGUGCUCAAGAUGCUCAAGAUUCUCAAGGUCAAGGUGCUCAAGGUGCUCAAGAUGCUCAAGAUUCUCAAGGUGCCCAAGGUGUUCAACCUUAAGAUGCUCAACAUGAUCAUUUGUAAGAUGCUCAAGGUGCCUCUAGGUACUCAACGGCCCGACAAGAAUGCCCAAGGUGCUAAAAAUGUGAAGCCUGGCUUAUGUCACUCCAGAUGGUCAAGAUGCUCAAGAUGCUGAAGGUGCUCAACCUUAAGAUGCUGAAGGUGCUCAACCUUAAGAUGCUGAAGGUGCUCAACCUUAAGAUGGUCAAGGUGCCUCUAGGUACCCCCAAGGUGCCCGAGAAGGAUACCCAAGGUGCUAAAAAUGUGAAGUCUGGCUUAUGUCACUCGAGAUCGUCAAGAUGCUAAAGGUGCUCAAUUUUAAGAUGCUCAACAUGCUCAAGCUUAUGAUGCUCAAGGUGCCUGAGAACGAUACCCGAAAUGCUCAAGAUGUACCAUGUUCCUCUCAAUCUCGUUGCUCAAAGAUACUAUUCUUCAACUUGUGCUGUGGCUCAGGCUUAUUUCUCUUGAGGGCAGUUCUGGGCUGCGGUAUGCAAGGGAGGGAGAAAGACGAAGAUGAGAGGGAUUUGUUACCAGGAUAAUUAUUUUUGUUUUUGUUAAGAUUCUUAAGAAUGUACGUUGGGGGAAUUGUGAUCCCCAUCCAUUUCUAAAAGAGUUGCAGGGAUUACUUUCUUCUGUUUUUUUUUUUAGUAUCCUUUAAAGGAGGGAGAAGUUGCAACAAGGUUGCGGAAGAGUCGCUGGGGAUAUACGACUCUUUUUUUUUUUUGAGAGUUCUUGCAUUCUGUCCAUGGUAAUUGAUCUGCUCCUGAAGUGAACGAGGUCGGAAAAGA